AUGCCUUCCACAUCAUCACACCUUGUUGACGUUAGAGUUAUCCAAAGAGACUUAGUUUACGUUGUUGGGCUGCCUAUACAAUAUGCUAACGAAGAUACACUUCUCAAAUAUGAAUACUUCGGCCAAUACGGUCCUAUUAAAAAGAUAGUUGUGAAUGCUUCUCAUGUUCAUUCUUCAGGAAAUCAGACACAGUCUGUCAGUGCAUAUGUAACAUUUAGAAAUUGUGAAGACGCUCUUGAAUGUAUUUACUCUCUUGAAUCAUUUUCGCUUGAUGGAAGUGCAAUGAAAGCUUCAUUUGGAACAACUAAGUACUGCUCUGCCUUUUUAAGAGGCCAACCAUGUACUAAUCCAGACUGUAUGUAUUUGCAUCAAUGCGGAGAACCAGCUGAUAGUUUUAGCAAAGAUGAAAUUACUGGUAGCUGCUGUCGAUUUGUUGACAUGACAAGACCAACUAGGCCAAAGGAUUACUUGGAUUAUCCUCAACAGGAUGCACGUCCAACGAUUUUACCUCCUAGAAGACUUUUAAAGAAGGAAAUUUCACCUAAGAAACAAAAGAAUGAAAAAAGCUACGUUCUCAACCUUUUGUCUCAAGAUUCUAUUGAUGAUGACGACGAAAUUUAUGUUGAUUCUCCAAAAAUAUCUUUAGCAACUCAACUUAAUCUGCAAAAGAACUCAUUUAGAGCAAUAUUUAAUACUUUAUCUAGAGUUUCUGAUUUGGAUGAUUUUUAA